AUGGAUGUGUUUGGUGGUGCCCCACGUUUCCUGGCCUACCCUCGCCCCGUAGUAGUGCAGAGUGGCACUGACGCCGUCCUGAAGUGUCAGAUUGGCGGGGACCCCAGGCCAGCGGUCAUCUGGGAGCGAAACAACGAACAGAUCCACCCAGAGGGUCGCUACCGCCUCUUCGAGGACGGAAAUGUCUACAAUCUCAUAAUCUCAUCGGUGACCACAGAGGAUAGCGGCCAGUACACAUGCAAGGCCAAGAACAGCAUCGGGGAAACAUAUGCCGCGGCGACCCUGAAGGUGGAGGGCGAGGCCCAAGAGAUGGAGGUCCGGGAGGAGAACAAGCCUCGUUUCCUGAUCAAACCCCUCUCCACCCGGGUGGGCCGCGGCGAAGACGCCGUCUUCUCCUGUAAGCUGUGGGGAAAACCACGGCCAGAGGUGGUCUGGGAAAAGGACGGGAGAAAACUCAACCAGAUCUUUGAGAGUACACAUUUCAAUGUGGGCUACCAGGACGGGGGAUGGUUCCAGCUUAAAAUCUUCAAGACUCGUGCACCCGACGGUGGAGUGUACACAUGCAAGGCCAGAAAUGAGUUUGGAGAGGGGCUGGCUGGAGCCGUGUUGCUCGUCGAUGCAGGCCCGGGUCACGAGGAAGAGGGAAACCGAAACGGUUACACAAACGGCCACUGGAAAGGCCAUCAAGGAAAACAGAGGAGUGGUAGGCAGCUGACCACACGGCUCAAAGACGACCCAGUGACCAACCAAGCCAAGCAAGUGAAAAUGUUUGCCGUGACAGAGGGCAAGCAUGCCAAAUUCCGCUGCUUUGUGACUGGGAAGCCCAAACCAGAAAUAAUAUGGAGGAAAGACGGCAGGCUGAUCAUGUCCGGAAGACGGUACCUGUUAUAUGAAGACAGGGAGGGUUACUUCACACUUAAAGUGCUGUAUUGUAAGCAACAGGACAACGGUGUUUAUGUUUGCGCUGCAUCCAACACUGCAGGACAAACCCUCAGUGCUGUACAUCUCUCUGUGAAAGAACCGCCUGUGCGGUUUAAACAGCCCCUCAUUGAUCUGGAGGUGUGGGAACGGGACCUGGCUGUUCUGGAGUGUGAGGUUCCUGAGGACUCUGUUCCCAUCACAUGGUAUUUGGAGGACAGGCGGCUACAGCCAGGGGCCAAAUAUGGGAUGGAAGAGUGGGGAACAAAACGACGACUAACUAUUCGUGACAUCGGAGUCGACGACGAUGGGAUUUAUCUUUGCGAGAUGGCGGAUGGGGGGAGGAGCAUUGCUGAGGUGGCAGUUAAAGGCACAAUCGUGCGUAAGCUUCCACGUAAGGUGGAUGUUUUGGAGGGGGAAAAUGCUGCCUUCUGUGUUGAAGUGGAGGAGGAGGAAAUGGACAUACACUGGUACAAAGAGGGGACGGAGCUCCGUGAGACUCAUCAGACCAUCCUGAAGUCCUUUGGAAAAACUCACAUUCUGGUUUUUGUCAACACAACGCCCCAGGAUUCUGGCCUUGUGACCUUCUUUGUGGGAAGAUCCAAAACUUCCUCUCAGCUGAGGGUAAAAGCGGCCAGGCAUAGCCCACCCAGCUGCCCAGUGGGUGUGCAGAUCAACACAGAGCGUGCCAACGCUGCCCUCCUCUCCUGGGUUCCGGCGCUGGACACCCGGAAGAACCCCCCAUCGGGUUACGUGUUGGAGAGGCAAGAGGUGGGCACCGGCUCUCAGGAGUGGCUGCAAUGCUUGACCACCGACUCGGCCACCUCAGUGGAGAUUCUUGGCGACAGCGUUCCCUGCGAGGCAGAUUAUCGCUUUCGCAUAUGCGGUGUCAACAAGUAUGGCAGGAGCAACAAUGUGGAGUUCCCAAGGGCAGUUCACCUGGUCCCUGUGACCAGAAUACAAGCCCCCCUACAGGAUGCCUUGGUGCCAGAAGGCCAGGAUGCCUGCUUCUCAAUUGAGCUCACUGCCUCAGUUAUUGGCUCAUGGUUCUUGAAUGGCACUCAGCUUCUGGAGGACGACCGUUACUCCAUGCGGCGGUCUCGAACGCACCAAUCCCUUCGCAUACAAGGGGUACGAGACACAGACAACGGUGCUGAGAUCACAUUCAUUGCCUAUGGAAUACGAGAUUCAGCAGCACUCUAUAUUCAAGCUCCUCUAGUGAAGUUCACACCGCUGUCAGAGAUGGAUCGUAAUAAAUUUGUUGAACUUGGCAACCCCAUUGUACUCUACUGCGAGUUGUCAGACCCCGCAGUUCCAGUACACUGGUACAAGAAUGGGGUGGAGGUACACACAGUCGAGGGUCUUCAUAUUCAGUCAGAAGGCACAAUGAGGAGAAUUGUCAUCCAAUCAUCAGAGUUCUCCCAUUCCGGAGUGUAUUGCUGUGAUGCCAUUGAUGAUGUCAUAAGGUUCAACGUGGAAGUUGAGGCACCUCCGGUGACGUUUGUUGAUAUCCCUGAGGAAGACCUCUUCAAAAGUGUUGUGGAACAAGAUCGUCUUGUUAUGUCCUGUGAGGUUUCCAGGGCUGACGCUAUUGUCCAGUGGUACAAAGAUGGGGUUGAAACGCAGUCUAGUGACAACGUUGCUGUACAAGCAGAUUGCACUGUUAGGAUGCUGACCAUCCAGUCAGCUCAGCUGUCAGACUCUGGGACAUACACAUGUCGUGCCGGAGACAGAGCUUUAAUGUUCAAGGUUAACAUACGAGAGCCACCAGUGAUGAUUGUAUACCCUAAAGAAGAUGUCCACCUUGAUCGGCAUGUGCCGGAGGAGAUCAUUCUCAGCUGUGAACUUUCACGUCUAAAUGGUGUCGUAAACUGGUUCAAGGAUGGGCAAAAGUUGCAAGAAAGCGAAAACAUUAAACUUAAGAUUGAGGGCCCUUACAGGCGACUGAAGAUUCUUUGUAGUGGAGUCGAAGACUCUGGCGAAUACGUCUGUGACACGGCUGAUGAUUCAAUAUUCUUUCAUCUCAGCAUAACAGAACCUCCAGUACAAAUUAUAUCUCCAAGCCAGUCGCAAAUGGAGCUCUGCCAGCAAACAUCUGAGAGGAUGGUGUUGAGCUGUGAGAUCUCAAGGCCCAAUGCUGUGGUGCGCUGGUAUAGGGACGGGCUUGAGGUGGAGGAAAAUGACAACCUCAUUUUAGAGGUGGAUGGGGUCUACAGGAGACUCAUUAUACCCGAGACCACAGUCAAAGAUUCAGCCGAAUAUGUGUGCGAUACGGCUGAUGACAACAUGACAUUCUUUGUCAACAUUGCAGAUCCUCCUGUCCGUUUCGUACGCCCAAGAAAGAUGGCAAGUCGGGUCGAGAUGUUUGUUGGAGAUUCUUUGGUUCUUGACUGUGAGGUGUCCAGAUCAAAUGCCGCGGUAAGCUGGAAGAAGAAUGGGGAGGAAAUGGAAGAGAGCAGCAAUGUCACCGUUAUUGAGGAUGGCGUCAUGCGGCAAUUAACCAUCCACUCCAUGACAUUGGAGGACGCUGGGCAAUAUGUCUGUGACGCCAAGGAUGAUGUGAUGGACUUCCAGGUCAAGAUCAAAGAGACACCUGUAAAGAUCCUGGGCAAAAACGAUGUGAAUACUCAAAAGCAGUUCUUCGCCUCAGAUGACAUUGUCUUAGGGUGUGAGCUUUCAAGAGCCAACUGCAUGGUCGUCUGGUACAAAGACAACAAAAAAAUUGACGACAAUGAGCGCUGCUGUAGUGAGGAGCAGGGUGUUUUCCGUUCACUGGUGGUUUUAAAUGCUGAGAUCGACGACUCUGGAGAGUACACCUGUGAUGCCGGGGAUGAUAAGAUGGUGUUUCGUAUCACCGUGAAAGAACCCCCUGUGACCAUCAUCGGCAACUCGGGUAACCCAGAGCAUCAUAGCCUGGUAGCAGGCGACAAACUCAUCUUGGAGUGCGAGAUAUCUUGUCCGAAUGCCACUGUCCAGUGGCUCUGGAAUGGAAAGUUACUGAGUUCAGACGCUCGCACUCACAUAGACAGUGACGGUGCCACCAGGAAACUUGUUUUGUCAGAACUUCAGCCCUCGGACUCUGGAGAGUACAUAUUGGAUGCCAUCAAUGACAAAAUGGUAACCAUAGUUGAGGUCCAAGUGCCUCCACCUAUUGUCGAGUUUAUCGCAGAGCUACACAAUAUCACUGUACUGGAGGGGGAAGAUGCUACAUUUAAGUGUGUGGUUUCGCCAGAGGACACACAGCUAGUGUGGAGCCUGAACGGCCGGCCUGUAGCUCCAAAUGAGAGGUUUGUCAUUUCAAGUAAUGGACUGUGCCACAUGCUGUGCAUUUACAACUCCCAGGUCUCAGACUGCGCCACGGUGACUGCCAAGGCAGAAGGGCUGGUGUCUGAGGCAAACCUCCAGGUUCAAGAACAACAAGUGUUGUUCACCAAAAACAUGGUGCCCAUUGUGGCUGAGCAAUUCGGGGAGGCUACCCUGGAGGUGGAGGUGGGUCUCGACUCUGGAGAGGUGCAAUGGAUGAGGCAGGGUGUAGUCAUCCACCCGGGGCCAAAGUUCACCCUGAAGAAAAAGAGCCGGCGAAGGAGCCUCACCAUCCACAAGCUCGCCCUUUCCGACCGGGGCACCUACAGUUGCGAAACUCUCCACGACCGCACGCAAGCCCAACUCAUCGUGGAACCCAGAAAAAUUACAAUUCGGAGAGGACUCACUGACAUCCAAACCAUUCAACGUGAAACGGCAUCCUUCGAGGUGGAGCUGUCGCACAGCAAUGUAGAAGCCACUUGGCUAAAGGAUGGGAACCAGCUAAAGCCCAACAACCACUGGCGCAUGAGUGCCAAAGGGUGUGUCCACAGCCUCACCAUCUCCAACCUCUCCUUGGACGACACAGGCACAUUUGUGUUAUCUGCGGAAAAUGUGAAAUCAUCUGCAAGGCUCAUUGUUAAAGAGCCACCAGUGACAGUCAUUAAGAAACUGGAGGACUUGCGCUUUCCAGAAGCAGCUGUGGCAUCAAUGGAUUGUGAGCUAUCAAGGCCACAUGUUGAAGUGAAAUGGAUGAAGAAUGGGAUCGAGGUGAAACCACGCAAGGAUUUGCGUAUUUAUGCUAUGGGAAGAAAACACUACUUCCAAAUCCUGAAGUGUGAAGUCAGUGAUUCUGGCACAUACUCAUGUGACGCUGGAGACUCCAGUACAUCCUGCAAUAUAGAGGUCUACGAACGGGAGCUUGUAGUCCUGCAAGGCCUGGAGGACCUGGACAUACAGGAGGACCAGAAUGCUGUGUUUGUAGUUGAGAUCUCCCUGGAGGAUGUGUCUGGAGAGUGGUUAAAAAAUGGAGUGAGAAUUACACCAACCAGCACCAUCAAGAUCCGCCAGGAAGGGACGAAGCAUUUUCUUCUAAUGUGCAACGUGAGAGGAGAGGACUCCGGAGAGAUCAAGUUCGUCGCCAAACACGUGGAAUGCACAGCCUAUCUGGAGGUGGAGGAGCUUCCGUUGAACAUAACGAACCCUCUCCAGGACAAGGUGGCUCUUGAGAGGAGUCGUGCGAUCAUGGACUGCUCAGUAUCCAACCCUCGGUGCAGUAUCCGCUGGUACAAAGGCAGCAAUGUCAUCCUGCCCUCAGAGCGCUUUGAGAUCUGCAGUGAGGGCUGCUAUCGCAAGCUGGUCAUUCAACAGGUGGCACUGGACGAUGAGGGAACCUACAGUGUGCAGGUUGGAGAGCACACAUGCUCCGCGAAACUGACUGUAGAAGCCCAGUCUCUCCUGAUGGUGAGGGAACUGAAGAGCGUGGAGGUGGUGGCCCCGGAUGAGGCGUGCUUCGAGUGUGAGGUCUCGGUCCCCGUCCUCAAAGCCCCCGUGUGGAGCCUGAAGGGGGAGGUCCUGCAGCAGGGGCCCAAAGUCAGCCUAGAGAAAAUGGGCAUGGUCCACCGCCUCACCCUCCGACAGACCUCUGUUGACAUGACCGGCUUGGUGGAGUUCACAUCGGGAAAAGCCAAGAGCAGCGCCGAGCUCCACGUCCAGAGAGGGCAAACCCUUUAA